AGGAACGGAAGUGCUAUCUGGGUAAAUUCAUGUGACUCGUGGUGUCGGCAUUGAGUUUAAUAUCGUGUUUUCACACGAUGUCGAUUGGGCGGACAUCAAAUGGCAGCGUGCUACUAGCUAAAAGACUCAUGCGUGAGAAGAGGGACAUCACGGAAAAUGCUCCGGAAGGCGUUGUAUUCUCCGACAGUAGCGAUUCUCUGAUGCGUUGGAACGUUGACAUUGUUGGUGCAUCUGGAACCUUGUAUGAAAAUGAGAGAUACACGCUUCGCUUCAAAUUCAGUGCGGCCUAUCCAUUUGAAGCUCCUGAAGUGGUGUUCGUCGGAGAAGAGGUUCCUGUCCAUCCUCAUGUUUAUAGCAAUGGACACAUUUGCCUUUCCAUUUUGGGAGAUCAGUGGUCUCCUGUUUUGAGUGUCAGCAGCGUUUGCGUUAGCAUUCUGUCGAUGCUUAGCAGUUGCAAGGAGAAGAAAAAACCACCGGACGAUUCUGCAUACAUGAGAUAUGCUCCAUCAACGCCUCGGAAUACUACCUGGCAUUUUCACGAUGACGAUGUCUAGGUGUUCUUCGCGACUGUACUUGACAAUCCCCGAGUUGAUGGGGGAUGUCAGAACCAGUUGACGAACUCGUGCUUCGCGUUUGGAAACGAAGAUAUUUAUUUUUCGGUGGAUUCCGUUUCCUGUGAUUUUAUGUUUUCAGUGCAUAUAAGAAUGCUCCCUGUUCACGUCACGGAAGUCGCCUGAGGGCUGUGAAUUUAACGAAUGAAAUCCGUUGAAAUGAUUGUCAUUGAAGAAUCAUGCCUCCUUCCCGGGUAGAAUUGAUUUUUCUGAUCCUUGGUCGCACCAAGGUUUACCGAUCAUAUUCAUGCGGAAAUUCUUUUGUGGUACGGAUCGUGAAUAUGAUGCUUCACGCGUUAUUUCCGUGGAAGUCGAUUUGAUGCUGGCCAAACUGCGAAGAUCUUCCUUCGAACUGCUUCUUGUUCGAUAUUAAUCCAAUUCAAAGAAUGCGCCGAGAGAUGACUCAUCGUAUUCCGGACAUUUUCGCGAUUUUAAUAAGUAAUGCCAACUGCUGUAAUUAUUGAGCCUCCACGGAUGUAAUUCGUCUUACUGUGGUCUACAUCGGAAGCAUUUUGCUUACUCGGAGGAAUACUGAACGUUUCGAAUGGGACGAGUAUUCUUCGAUCAUUCAUCAAUAGUGUAAAACCAGAAAAUUUUAGAUAAUGCUCGCACGAACAGAGUCUUUGGAAAAAGUUGAAAAUCUUUAGGAACAGAUCUGUUUGCAUGGGACUUUCUUGUACAGUAGAUGAUUAAAUUUUUUUUUGGCAGGAACGCUCAAUUAUUCACUCACUUAGUGCUCCUGAAUUGAGUCGUGAUUUGAGUUAAAAUGAAUUUGCUUUUACGAAUUGGUUGUGUUGUUUCGGUAUAUAAGACGAGAUGUCUGGUGUAUGGAACUCGUUUUUCUUCAUCUGUGGAUCUCUCUUGAUCCCGUCGAAAAUAUUGCAGUACGUGCCGGCGUUCGCGUCCCAUCUAUGAUUCGAAAUGAAAUGCUCAUACAGAAGCAAACAAUAGAAAAUGCCUAUAUUUGGAACUAGUCGAGGUAAUGUUUCCUCGAAAAGUUACUGGAGUUCAGCAUUUUGAGCGUGAUAUUAGCAACGACAACUGCUUUCCGAAUCCUUCAUACGUGGCGUUCGUUUAUUUCGCAUGCAUUGUUAAUACCAGUUGAAUACUGUAUUUUGUUCCUUUUUUAAGUGCUUGCUUUGAGGUUUUCGGUUGCUCGCGUGAUUAAGUCUAGUCAAGUGAUCGCAGUUUUCUUCUUUGUAAGUCCUCGUCUAUCUCAUGUGCAUGAAUCCAUUCUAUUCUAAUGCAUGCUUGUAUGUACAGUAGUAGGUUGUAUUUCAUUUUCACCUCGGGGAGACAUUAACAUCAUGAAAUCAAUAUCUGUGCGUUGUGGACUUGUGGAAUGGUUUAGUGUGACUAUUUCACGCGGAAGUAUGGAAUAAUUGCUGUGUUUCGGAUAAUUUAUUUUUUUAGCCGUCCUCUGGUCUUCUCCGGUUGUGAUCUAUGUCGGUAAUCCCACCGUUCUUCGCUCAUGAUGUGGUCCAGACCGUUAUUUUCUGUGUGUGCCAUUGGGUUCGAUUAAUUUGGUACAGAUGGAAGUGUCCGCGAAUUUCACGCUAAAUUACCGAACAAGAUAGUAAUCCGAGCAUUUAUCUGCGAUGAUUUUCGGUUGAGGUUCUGUACCAUUUUAUGAUUUAUCGCGUCAUUUGUGGUGCGCUCUUUGGUGUCGAUAUGUUAUCGUUGAAAAAAAGAUCUGUCGUCUACUGCAAUUAUUGCAUUCUCGUUCUACUCGCACAUGAAUAUAAGUGUGCGUGUUAGUGUCACAUCUUGUGGGAAUUCUGCAUCAGCCUUUCUUUCAUUAACCUGACGAUUCUUCUGCCCAACGCCACGAUAGAUAAUAAUUCCUCAAAUUCUUCGUAUACCUGAGCAUUUUUUGUGGGAAUCAUUCUUUUGUCUGUUCUGACAGUGAAUAUGAUAAAGUUGUUACAGCAGUCAUUUGAAUAGGUACCUUGAAGAGGUUGAAUUGUAUUUGAGCACUUUCUAGUUCCAACUGUUAAAGAGAGACUAAGGCC